GUUGCCUUUUACCACCAUCAUGGUCUAAGCGUUCGACAUGGUCGAAGACCGUCGGACGGGGAAUAGACACUGCAAAACCGCACAGUAACGGUGUUCAGAGCACUGGAUGCGUGAGCAGCUACCCAUGAAUGUGAUCGGCAACUACACAUGCUCGUCGGCGGCGUCCUCGCACUCGGGGAGGGGCUUUGAUCAGGGGCCGAUCUGCCCCCACGUCCAGCCUACGCCGCCGCAGCAACAUUGCUCGCAUUCCUACCCACUCGAUGGUGCCCUCAGUGCGCCCCCCUGGAUGCUUUACACUGAAGAACGUCCUGUACGACUGCGAAUGCAUCGGUGCCACCCCGCCCCUAUAAUAUAAGGGGCAGCAGUACUUUCCCCUGGCGCUCCGAAUGCGCCGUCAUGCCGCCAAUCCCUCCCCCAUUCCACAUAGCUGCCGUCGACGAGCACGCUCGGAGUGUCAUUCUCGACGCUCCUGGUGCCAGCAUCUAUACCGUCGGGCGUCCGCGGACACCGCGGAUGCGCGCGACAACAGUGGUCGAGCAUUGCGAUGCGCAAGCGUUGCUUGCCGGAAUCAAUCACGCCCGAUUUACGGCGACGUCGAGCAAUGUGUGGUGACAGUGCCCAUAGCACGCCACCAGCAUCCCCCCCAGCCCCUUUAUGAGUACAUAUGGCUUCCCGGGCCUUCUGGGUAUGCACGGUCUCGGUCCCUUCACACAGGCUCGAGCACGUACAGCCCAACUCCCUGCGAAGGAACGUAG